UGAGCUAUCCUAAGGUUACGAACGGACGCUCCACCAAAGCCUGUCGUCAUCUUUAGGCGACGAGUGUCGGCGCCGAACAAGGAAGUAAAUAAAGCUAUGCAUUUCAGGCGCCUUAAAUAAAACAAACGAAAAAGACGCGAAUUGAGCUGUUAUGACCAUGGACGUGACUUUCCUGGGGACGGGCUCGGCUUACCCGUCCCCUCACCGUGGCGCAUCGGCUCUGGUGCUGCGGAGCGAGGGCGACUGUUGGUUGUUUGAUUGCGGAGAAGGGACGCAAACUCAGCUGAUGAAGAGCCAGAUACGAGCCGGUCGCAUCAGCAAGGUUUUUAUCUCUCAUCUUCACGGAGACCAUCUGUUCGGUCUUCCAGGCCUCCUCUGCACCAUCAACUUGACCUCCGACCCCCAGCCAGGUGUCAAAUGCGUGGAUGUAUUUGGACCCCGCGGACUCCGUCACUUCCUGCGGGUGACGCUGGGCCUGACGGGCUCGCAGCUACUCUUCCCUUACGCCGUUCAUGAGCUGGAGCCCACACAAGACCAAAGUCCAGAGGAGGGUCAGCUCAGUCUUGAGCUGACAGCAGAGCGCAGCCCUCCCCUCCCUCAGGAGCGUCCCGGUAGAAACAUCUCAUUGGACGUCUCGUCCGAAACUUACUUCCUGUUUGAAGAUGACAAGUUUGUGGUGAAAGCCUUCAGGUUGUUCCACCGUGUUCCCUCUUUCGGAUUCUGCGUGCAAGAACGCGACCGUCCCGGAAGACUCAAAACGGAACGACUCCAACAACUUGGCCUGAAGCCAGGUCCUCUGUACGGGCGCCUCAAAGCGGGUCACCAGGUUCAACUGGAAAACGGGCGAGUGAUUUUACCUGACGAAGUUCUAGAAGAGGACAUCCCCGGGAGGAAGGUGUGCAUCCUGGGAGACUGCAGCUCGGUGCCGGGCGGCGGUCUUGCUGUCUGCCGGGGAGCCGACCUCCUGGUUCACGAGGCCACACUGGGGGAGGCGCAUGGCGACAAGGCGGUGGAGCACGGGCACAGCACGCCCGGCAUGGCAGCGGCGGUGACGCGGGCCUGCGGGGCUCGGAGGCUUGCCUUGUAUCAUUUCAGCCAGAGGUACAAACCUGAGAAACUUUGCCAAGACGGAGACGAUGACGUCUCGGAGCUUCGACGUCAGGCUGAAGACGUUCUCCAAGGUGAUGACGUGGAGGUCAUUUUGGCCGAGGACUUUCUCACCAUUGACAUUCCUCUUCGCAGAACUAAAUCAUCUACAUUAUAAUGAGAACAGGUUGCUUCAUGUGGAAGUCUUCUUCAAGGUGGAAGCACAUGAUGGGAAAAACGUAAGGCCAGCAUUAUCAGUUAAGGUUCUCUGGCUUUUAAAAAAUAUAUAUUUAAAAAAUGAACACGCUCAAACGUUGCAUCCUUACUUUUCAUUUUUUUCAAGUACGGGAACUGAAAAUAUCAAUAGUCCUCUUUUUCCAGAGCUUUUAUUUCUGGAUCUGUAUGUACACAAGGUAUUAAAGUACAACAGAAAAUACAAAAAACGUUUAACAAAAUGAGUGAGAAGAGAGCGCAAACAUCGACAACAGAAAGAAAAACCUGAAUGUCUAUGUACAAUUCUUAGAAACAAUAAAGAUAACUUCUGUUCUGGAA